AACCAUCGGUCAGAGUGUCCCUAAUGCCGCAUGAAGACCCUGAUAAUGAGCAGCACAUGCUGAUAUGUAAUGUGUUUGGGUUCUUCCCAUCUGAGAUAGAGGUGAAAUGGUACCGGAAUGGCCAGGAGGAGACUGAUCAGGUUCAGUCUACGGAGCUCUUUCAGAAUGGAGAUUGGACUUCCCAAAUCCAUGUGAUGCUGGAGACAGAGAUUCAGAAAGGAGACGAUUACACCUGCGAGGUUCAUCACAUGAGUCUGACGUCCCCAUUUCGUGUGACCUGGAAGCCUGAGAUGUCCGAUUCCGCAAGAAACAAGGUGGUGACUGGAAUUGUGGGAAUUGUUCUGGGAACAGUGUUCAUCGUUGUUGGUCUGGUUAUGUACAUACGAGGUCGGAAAGCCCAAACUUCAUUCCGUGGACCACAGACCGAACAUUUCAUAGGCACUUAACCCGGAGAACGUCUGGAUUUAAAGAAAUUCCAACUUUAGCUGAUUUUUAUUUAUUUUUUCUUUCCUCUACUUUGCGAAUUUUGAAUCAUCUACUUUUGGAGACAGCACUGACCUAGUGAUUCUCUCCUGGAACACAGCUGUUGCUACAAUACCGAGAGCUGCAAAUUGUGCACUGUAAAUCAUUUCUGCGCUACUAACUAGAAGUAAAAUGAUAUAGAUCUAUCCCCCUUGAUAUCUAUUAUACAUAAUUUGGAAACUUGACAUUACCAGGGAUCUUGUAUUAAAAAAUUAUUCUUAUGAAGUAUCUUAAUAAAAUUGUGCUAGUGGGAAUGGGGGCGUAAGUGUCAAUCUUCUGCCCCCGUCACGGUGUUAAUUGAUAAUUGUAUUAAUACCAAAUCUAAUAACAGUGUUAUAAUGGGCAUCCCCUAUAUAAUCUCUGUGUAGAUUAAUUGAUUGCUUGGUACUUUUAUCUCUCAUUUUAUCUCUCCACAUUUUGAUGAAUCUCCCCAUCCUUCCUACACAGAAACCUCUAACAGGCACUCCCACUGGCCUGUAGUCACUGUGCUAGGCUUCGUCCUGGCACAUGAGGCUCCAUAUAUCUGUGUGCAUAGUGUAGGUUCCACAAGAAUGACCAGUUGGAGGUACAGGUGGUGGUUUGUAGACAAGAAAGAAAAAUUAAUGUUAGUAGUGCUACAGGGCCGGGAUAAGGUUUGUGGGGUCCCCAGGGGAACUACAUUGUCAAUAUGAUAUGCUGGUGAUGUUAUUAACGAGUAAUGUGCAAAUACUCACAGUCCCACAACUGUAUUAAAGGUUAUACCAUAGUGCCGCCUCUAUGGUCAUGUGUGGGUGCCCCUGGGCAAUUGCCCCAGCCGUUCUGUCAUUCCGGCACUGAUGUUCCCUCGCAUAUCUCAUAAGCAAGGAUGCUUUAUGUGAUAAUGCUUUCCUGAGACUUCUGCCAAGUACAUUACAUUGUUACUGGCUAUGUCAGGCCUAUCAUGUAGGUAGAUGCUAACCUGUCAUCAUUCUAGACUUUAAAAGCAGAAUAUAGGAGGUCCAACUCCCAAUAUAUUCAAACCACUUCCACAUUUGGCCAAGUCCUGGUCCUCCUACACCAUGUCUGUUUAGUUGAGACCAUGGUUCUUUUCCACCAGGUCAUUAACCUGUUACUGAGACAUUCGCAACUGUUGGCAAGUCUGGGGAUACAGCCACCAAAGAAUCAUGGCUAAUUCCUUUUUUGCUUUUGAUGAAAUACUUAUUAUUGUAAACAUACAACUUCUGCUGUCUCACCACAGGCCACACGCUUACCCCAGGCUGGAAGCUGCCAGCCCCCUCCAGUCAUUUACAUGUAUCUGUUAGGGCCAGUUCUCAGAAGUGACCUUGUUUCAGCUAAUUAUCAUAGCGGCUUAUUAAACAAAAUAGGUUUCGGUGUUAUCUGCAGAGUGAUUCUUAAUGGGGGUACUCACGGAGAGAUCCAUGCUUAAAAUCUAAGCAAUCUGACUGGAUUGCUUAGAUUUUAAGCAUAGAUCACUCGUAUGUACCCCCUACAGCGAUAGCUAUCGCAGGCCAAUCUAGAGGGUCGCUCAUUUCACCCGCUGGAUGAAAUGAGCGCCCCCCCAUUUCCCCCUGUAUGCUCAGCACACAUCGCGCUGUGCUGAACGGCGGGAGAGGUGUGCUGAGCGGUUCGCUCAGCACACUUCUCUCCCGUGUAUAGGGCCCCUUGGUCCUGUCAGCCAUGUUGUGUACUGAGAAUAUUUAGACCAUUUGUUCACUAGGAGCUAGUGACCCCAUUGAGGCAUCAGGGGGUAAAUGUACUAAGAUGGGCGUUCUACUUAAAAUGGGAUGAUGCCCAUAGCAACCAAUCAGAUUCUACUUUAUAUUUAUCUAGCACCUUCUGGAAGAUAAUACCUGGAAUCUGAUUGGUUGCUAUGGGAAACAUCCCAUCUAGCACCUUCUGGAAGAUAAUAUCUGGAAUCUGAUUGGUUGCUAUGGGAAACAUCCCAUCUUAAAUACAGCUCCCAUCUUAGUAAAUUUACCCCCAGGUGUCUUGUGCCUCAAUGAUGUCACUAUUUCACAGUAGAUGUAUAGGCUGCAUUCUCAGGAACAUUGGUGAAAUCCAUAAACAAUGGCUGCUUUCACUGUGAUUUACAUACAAACAAGACUUUUAAGAUGUGUAUAUUGCUUUUGUGUUUAACUCCUACACUGCAAGAUAUGUUAGAUGCCCAAAGUUGGGUACACAGGGCAAGAUAUCAGCAGUUCGAUGGAAUUGCCGAUAUAACGCUAGCGGGUCGGUGGGUGUGUAUACCUGAUUUGUCCGUGAACGAUGUCAUUCACAGACAAAUGCAAAUGCCUGCCCAGCUGUAAUGUGAAGACCGGCAUAUCGACAGCCGAUUGGUAAAUGUGUAUGCUUACCUAAUCAGCCGCUCAGUCGACGUGACGGUGGGGCAGGGAACAAGUGGCUCCAGUGUGCACCCAGCCUAAUACUGGGUACACUAGCCGAUGUGUGUACCCAGCGAUAUUGGCAGUGGCGCGGUGUCUGCAUCGGCAAGUGCAUAACACAGGGCCAGAUUAACAAUGGGGCGGAUGGAGAUACAGCUCCAGGCCCCAGAUAAAAAAAGGCCCAUCACCACGACAGUAUAAAGUUGAUUAACUACCCAUCUGAUCACAUGGUAGCCAUAAAGGAUAAGAAUUAAAAUAAUAUUUUUUAUUUCCUCACAGUGAUGCUGUUUUUCUACUUUUACAUAUUUUGGGAGACAUUGGGGCUUCUUGUGUAGAGAGUGUACAUCCCUGUAUGUCACUGGCCACACCCACAUAACAUUAGCCACACCUCCUCAACUUCUCACAAUAGGCCCUUUGAUAAUUUUCAGCCCCAGUGGACCUUAAUCCGGCCCUGCAUACACACUUGCCGAUGGCGGGGAGUGUGCGACGGUGGGGGAGCAGGGGCCGCUUAAUAGCCCUCAUUAACGAGGUCCUGGCUUGUCUGUACUGUUCAGACGAGGGAGGAGGUCAUUAACGAUGCACGGGAGCGCGUAUAGUUAAUGACAUUGAGUGUACACACUAGACGAGAUGGUACAAAUUUCACUCAGAUUGGCCCUUCUGAGCAAUAUCUUAUUUUCUCAUCUAGUGCGUAUGGGGAUUAACUCAUGAUUACGUGUGGAUCACGUCUAGUAGAGUGGUGUAUCACUAAACUGCUGCAAUACAUCUGCAAGUACUUACAGUGUGCACUGAAUCAGCGUGAGCCUCUCCCUUAUUUAUCUGGUAUGUUCACACUAAACAAGUUGAAAAUAAGACAAGUCAUCUCUAGUUGGUCUGGUCCCAUAUUAAUGGUUGAAAUAAUCUGCCCACAAUCCACACGUGCUACUUCUUUCAGGUAUAAAUUUUAGGAAGACAAAUGCUCUGUGUUUAGAAGCCUGGUCACGAUAGGGACUGAAGUCUCCUAACAAUCUUUGUAAGAAAUGCCAAUAACUUUGUGCUUUAUUUAAAUUGAUUCUACAGUAUAUGAUGUUACGUAGAAUAGAGCUGAAAGUGAUUGAUAAUCAAUAAGUGAAUAAAUCUGCCUGUAUGUUUUGGAGCCAUUACAUAAUGUCUGUUUCUUAUAAUAAACCUGGUCCUUGA